AUGAAUAUAUCCGUGUCCGCCGACCCAGGUUGCGGGAAGUCUGUGCUAGCUAAACCAAUUAUCGAUGGCUACUUAGCUUUGAGUCCGGCAGUGACAAUAUGCUACUUUUUCUUUAAAGAUAAUAAGGAGCAAACCCAUCUUGAUCAAGCACUAUGUUCUAUACUACAUCAGCUCUUUGACCAGCGGCCUCAUUUACUAGCUCAUGCUAUACAACCAUGGGAAAAGAAUAAGGAAAUGCUUCGAAACAGCAUCGUUAUCAUGGGACAUACAGCAGCGCCUUGA